CAGGUGGAGAGGACAGGUAGGCGGUCUAAAAACGAGCUUCUCUCAAACCGGUGAGCGCGGCAACAGAUCAUUUUGCAUACAGCGAAGUUAUGGAAUUACGCUCAGCCAGUGACUUGUCACUGUUGGCUGUUCUCCUGGCGUUGUUCUCCUUGGCCCACACAGUGAACGGAGAUAAAAAAGACUGCUUGAUUGACAAGGAAACGGGAUGGCACGUCCCCAGCAACGUAUACCAAUGCGACAACUCUGACUGCUGCAGAGAGUAUGGCAAGCACUCUUGUUGUGCAAAGAAGAAGACUUCAGAUAUUGUUCAGGAGCAGCUGCUACUCUGGGGAGGUCUUCUUGGGUUCCUCGUGAUCCUGGCAGCACUCAUCUACUGCAAGCGGAAAGAUAUCCGCAUUUUUGAAGGCCGCACCCUGCGCUGCAAAUGCUGCCCUGGACAGCGAGAUCGCAUUGAGAACAUGGAAACAAAUGUGGCCUGAAGAAGCUCCAGCUUGUCUCCAAUCAGUCAACAUGUGCACGAAUGAUUGUUUUCCCCUUUAAGAAGCAGGGUUGAAACAUAUCUUCAUAUUUCAUAAAGACCACAGGACAUGAAUCUCUGACACAAGGGCAUAACAACACAAUGAAAAAAAAAAAAAGACCAUUGAGCAUGUUCCUGUCACAAAGUGGAGGAUUUCUGCUUUAAAGAGGUACAUAGGCAAUGCAUCAAGUAUGCAUCUGAGGCUGCAGGUA